AUGUAUGGAAAUAGCCAAGUUCCUAUGAGUGAAAGUCUUAAAAUGUUAAGCGAGAUGUUUCCUGCUGUAGAUACGGAAACUAUACGUUUGAUGUUAGCAGAAUGUGGUAGUUUUGAACGAACAAUGGAUAGAUUAUUGCAAGGUGAUAGAUCUAUCACUUGGAAAUCGAAUAAAACUAAGUCAGCAGGGCAGGAUAUGCAACAGCCUGCUCAACAAACUCAAAAUUAUCAACAACAAUAUAUUCCGCAAUAUAACCAUCAAAACCAGCAAAAUACUACAUCAAAUGUGAUGCAAAAUCAAAAAUAUAAUAAUAAUUACUAUAAUAAUAAUAUACAAUCCCCAGUUAAGCGCCCAACAUCUAAUCCUCCUCCAACUACAGAUGCUAGGCUAUUUCUGCCUGCAGAGUUAAAGAAAGAAAUGAAUACUUCUUUGUUUGGCUAUCUAGAUUCUGAUCCUGCUAGCGGAGGUAAGUUAAUUAGAACUAAUACUAAAGAUGGGUUAAACUUUCAAUAUAAUUCUCCAUUUAGUGCAAUGUCUGUAGAAAUUAACUCGCGUAAGACAUGCUUAGAUGAUAAAAAAUACCCUAAAUGGAAUUUUAAUGAUGAUACAUUAAGAUUUAAGCAGCAUAUGACUCCUUCUAAAAGCUUUGACUCUCUGAAAAAGAAAAAUCAGUAA